GAGCUACAUGGGACCAAAGCCUGGCUGUCUGCCUCACUGUCCGACUCCCACAGCUACCCUAGGGAGAGAGAAGGAGUGAGAGAGAGAAAAGAAUAGAGAGAGAGAAGAGGAGAGAGGAGUGAAGAGAUACGAGAGAUACACCACCAUUUUUUCUUAUUUUCUUGUAAUAGCUGUUGUGUUGUUGAUGACGAGCGUUUGGCCAACUCUGGUCUCGGUCUCCGGUCCCAGGAAGGGCCAGGGGCAUUAAAGUGAAAGUGUGUGCGUCUGUUCUCUUUUUCUCUCCUGUACACUGGAACCAUACAGUUAGCAUCAUGACUUUACUGGGCUCUGAACGCUCCAUACUGAUACGAAGCAAGUUUAGAUCAGUUCUGCAGUUAAGACUUCAGCAGAGGAGGACUCGAGAGCAGCUUGCAGACCAAGGCAUCAUGCCUCUGAACCAUGGGAAGUUUCCUAAGCAGGAGGACUCGUAUGCGUUCGAGGAGGACAGCAGCAGUGACAGUCUGUCUCCAGAGCAACACCACAGUGACGAGUCCCAGGGGUCCGCAUGCCCCUCCUCUGAGGCCAUGGGCAGCACCCCCUCCUCCUCCUCAUCACCAGCCCUCACUAGCCCUAAACAGGGGUGUCAGAACAGGGACCCGUCUGAUCAGAGCAAGGAAGAUGGCUUGUCUGCGGCUAACAAUGGGCUGUCUGCCACCCCACCCAUACCUGUCCCUGCCAUAGUCAAGUCCAAGACAUCGGACAAGAACCGCCACAAGAAGCCCAAAGAUGUGAAGCCCAAGGUGAAGAAGCUGAAGUACCACCAGUACAUCCCUCCGGACCAGAAGCCCGAGAAGUCUCCCCCUCCCAUGGACUCAGCCUACGCCAGGCUACUGCAGCAACAACAGCUCUUCCUACAGCUGCAGAUCCUCAGCCAGCAAAAACACGCACACACACACUCCCAGCAUACACACUCCCAACACACACAGGCCCAUGCACAUCAACGGCAGCCUAGUUUCAGCUACCAGCCCCUGCACCAGCCAGUCCAAGCCCAAAAACAAUCCAGUGAGCAGCUGACGGUGGGUAGCUCCAGUGUUACUACUAACAUGAUCAACAGUAGCUCCUCGUCUCCAGUUAAGACCACAUACUCUGGUCAAACCAGCAUCUCACCAGUCAAACCUGGUCCUCUGCCACCUAACCUGGAUGACCUGAAGGUGUCAGAGCUCAGGCAGCAGCUUCGUAUCCGGGGCAUGCCCGUCUCAGGCACCAAGACAGCCCUCAUCGAGAGACUCCGCCCCUUUAAGGACCCCACCUCAAGCCCCUCGCAUUCAGGCUCCAAUGACAUCACCACGGUCACCUUCCCUGUCACCCCCACGGGGUCCCUGUCUUCCUACCAGUCCCCCUCCUCCUCCAGCGCACUCUCCCAGGGGGGAUAUUACCCUUACCCCAGCACCUCCUCCACCCCACCCAUCUCCCCCGCUUCCUCAGACCUCUCCCGUAGCGGCUCGCUCCCAGACAGCUUCAGCGACGUGCCCAUGUCCUCUCCUCCACAGUUUGGCCUCCAGCCGUCCCCGGCCCGGCUCAGCUCGGAAGAAGGCCUGGGAGGAGGGGGUCUGAGUGGGGCAGGACUACGGGGAGGGGAAGGUGGAGGGAUGGAGGGUCUGGAGGCAGAGAAGGAUAAGAUGUUGGUGGAGAAACAAAAAGUGAUCGAGGAGCUGACGUGGAAGCUGCACCAGGAACAGAGACAGGUGGAGGAGCUCAAGAUGCAGCUGCACAAGAGGAAGCGUUGCCAUGGCGCCACACAUGAGGGUGUCCCGGCUCCGUCCCAGCCCCACCACCUGCACCUCCAGCAAUCCCCCUCGCUGAUGGGGCAGCACUUCUUUGGAGUGACUGUCAAACAGGAGCCCAUGUCCCUUUCCUCCAGCUGCCCCCUCUCCUCCCCCAAGCACCUGAAGAGUCCUCCAGGAAGCUGCAUGGAGGGGAUGGGCCACUGCGGUGCCCCCCUGACCAAUAUGGGAGGCCCUGGUGGGCAACGAUGCCUGGACUCAGUCCCCUCCUCUGGAAGUCCCUCUGGCAUGUCUGCCUUCCUCAGCCCCCAGUGCUCUCCUCAAGACUCGCCCAUCACCAAGACCUCCAGCAGCUCCCAGCCUUCCUCCCCCAACAACCCCUACCUGUUGUCACCGCCGCUGGGCAGAGACGGGUGUAGCCACUCCCUCAACCAGACCAGCACCAGGCCUCGCAACAUGCAGAUUCAGCAGAAGAAUGGAGGACAGGCUGUGAACUGCUCCUAUACCUCUGACCAGAGAGGCCUUCAGUCAGUGUUCCCCAACUCAGCCGACAACGGCCUGAACCACAGGGUCAACACUAAGGCUAAGAAGCCAAACAUGCAGCAGAAGAUGGCAAUAUUGCCCUCUCCCCGGCACGUUGGCCAAAAGUGCCCGGUCUCAACCCCGGCCUUCUGUAGCUCAGAUUCAACUGCAUUCGACUCUAGACAGCCCCCUUGCUAUGAGGAUGCAGUCAAGCAGCAACUGACUAGGAGUCAGCAGAUGGAUGAGCUURUGGAUGUGCUCAUAGAGAGUGGAGAGAUGCCAGCUAACGCCAGAGAAGAGAGGGAGAGGUCCUCUGUAACCAAAGUUGUGCCUCACAUUACAGUUUCCCCCGGAACCACCGGCCUCGCCGUCCCAAAGUUCAACCAAAGACACUACGAACACCUGCCCCCCUCCCAGCUCAACUAUGACCACACAGCCAAUCACAUUGCAGACAGCCACCUGGAGACCCUGCUGGGAAGCCCCCUAGGCCGAGGGGGCGAGGUCGCCCUUCUCAAGAUGGCUGCCGAGGAAGCAGGGGAGGGGGAGGAGGGGGGUGAUGGACCUGAGGGCUACCCCAGCCCCAAUCACCACCACCACCACCAUCCUCACCAACACCCCCACCAGGACAAACUUCUCCCCAACAGGGACCUGAUGGAAACGCCAACGCCUCUAUCUGCCAUCCACCCCAUCAACGCCAAAGUGUCGUCCGUGGCCGAGGCGCAGGGGAUGGUCGGCAUGACAUUCAGCGAGUCGCCGUGGGAGACGAUGGAAUGGCUGGACCUGACGCCCCCAAGCUCGGCUACGGGGUUCAACUCCGUCCCGGCCGCCGGGCCAAGCAUUUUCAACACAGAGUUCCUGGAUGUUACAGACAUCAACCUGAAUACAGCCAUGGACCUUCAUCUAGAGCACUGGUGAAACACCAGAGACUGGCUAUGGAGCAGCUAGUCACUAUCAGCUAUCCACUAGCUGGCUAGGUACCUAUAAAAAGAAAAACACAG